AUGGACUGGAACGCCUGGAAGCCGCCGACGAAGCCUGUCCGGACAGGGAAAGGGAAGCAGCAGCAGCAGCAACAGCAGCAUGUGGUAAAAUAUGCUACGGAAACUGAAACUGAGCCGUUGAGGGAAUUUCAAAUUCUCUUUGCAUCAACACAGCAGCAAAUGGAACAGGAUCACCCCGGUCAGCCUGAAAAAUGUUUGUUGAACAGACUGCCGGCCGUUACGUGCAUACAGGGUUACUUGAGCGACCGGGACUCGGACCCCGGUAGAGGACUUCUGAAAAGAGUGCUCGAGCAUUCGGCUUGUCUUCGCUUUCUGAUCAGCUUUCGGGUUCCAGAUCAAGAUCGCUUCGGAAACCCAUCGCUAGAUGAUCAGAAAGCGGACGAACGAGUUGAUCUCGGCAUAACCAGCAAGACGACCAGCUCCGUAUUGGGGUAUAUCAGCCUUUCACAAGAACAAUACGUGCUCAGGACCGAGAAGAGUUUCCCAAAUGAUGUGAUACUUGCAGUCUCGUGGAGGUGGUCUAAGGAUGGCGGUGCUGUUCAGGCUUUCCUCCACGGCUGUCAGCCCACUAUUGUAGUUGAAGACGACGAAAACGUCAGCGAAGCAGACGCAAUCAAACGUUGGUUCGAUGAGAUUCCCACGGAUCAGGCUUUCGGAGCAUGGAAACAUCCCCUUCUCCCAGCUCUAUUAGUUGGGGAGAUGCAGCUAAGCCGCCAUCGUCAUCACUUUCACAACUAUAAGCGGCUGUUUGACAAGGUGUUCAACCAGAUCUCGACGGCCGCCAAUCAACCACACCUCGCCGACCAUUUGAAAAAUGCCCAGGUCUCGGAAUGGUUUGAAGAAAUUCGAGAAAUGUUUACAAACCACCACCAAUUCCACCGAAUCAUCGUUUCAUUCAUCAGCAUCGUGAAUACUCUGGUCAAGUUCUGCGGUGAAAUCCAGGUCCACGGCACCUCUGGAGCACACGAUGAUUUCCGAAUCGCCUCAGAGUCCGUUGCUUGCCGCUUUCGACAGCUGCAUCAGGACUAUUCUACCCUGGAAGGCGAGGCACAAUAUCUCGUCAACGGCACUUCGUUGCUCCAGAAAUCGCUAUGGAGCGUCACUGGACAGAAGAACAGCCAGAUCAACACAAAGAUCUCCGAUACAAGCCGAGCCAUUGCGAAAGCUGCGAGUCAAGAUAGCUCUGCCAUGAGGGCACUGGCGGUGAUCACUGCCAUAUUUCUGCCAGCUACAACAAUUGCGACCAUAAUGACUAUGCCGGUAAUGGAUUGGUCCAAGCAUUUUGCAUACCCCGAUAUCCGGGGGAGUAUCUGGAUAUUUGUGGUGACCACCCUUGUUCUGACGAGUGCCACCCUCUAUUCUUGGCGUUGUUGGUAUUUACGGGAUCUUUGGAAGCGAGAUGUCAACUCCAGAGUGGACGAGACCAUGGCCAAUGGACCAGACUCUGACCCGGAGAACCAGCAGGUUGGCGACGAUUCAGAUGGAGACAACCGAACCAAGCAAGGCAAAGACGAAAUCAGGGCGCUCAUGAUCAAGGGCAAGAAAGCACAGGAGCAUCGUAAGCGAGUUCUCAGCGAAGUGCGAAGAAAAUUGCCGUAUCCACUGAGGCAACUCUUCCGCUUGGAGCGUCAUUACCAGCUGCCGGACGAGGAGGCCAUGGUGGACAUCUUUCCUCGUGGCGGGCCACGCCCAGCGACCCUCGAAAUUUCCAGAGGAACACCGGAAGCUUCAGAGCCGACAUCUUCGCCGUGGGGGAGUCCUUCACACGCGAAAAUCUUGACAAACAGCCCCUCAUCCAAGGACGCAGGGCAAUUCUCGAGCCCACCGAGAACCAGACUAUGUUCAUCCAGAUCUCCGACAGCUGUUGCAAACCCCUCAGGGGCCGAGCCUUCAGCAGCGAAGCUCUCAGGGAACGAUCCAACAGAGCCGUUCUGGGUUAGAAAGAUGCCUUCUGAAGCGAGAAUUCCCAAAGACGGACCCUCAGAGACAAAAGCCUUGGGGACUCGACCGACGGAGAAUAAUCUCUCACACGGGCCGCCCUCAGAUGCGACGGCCUCCGGAGCCUGCGACCCAGGAAACGAAGCCGCGGAGACGAGGAAUCCCGAGGUGAAUCCCUCACAUGCCGAUGCCCCCGAAUCUGCCCCCUCGGAAAUGACCUCUGCGGGAGCAUCGACUUCAUCAGAAACGAGACCGUCGACGUUGAAUACACCGUUAGACGGGACCUUCCCGGCGACCAAGCCUUCGAUAGAGGCAGACUCACCCACACGAGAGAGUGUUACGGCACAAACCGGUCGAGAUGGUCAGUAAGUCGGCAAAAGAUUGGCGUCACUGAAAAGGUGCUUGGAGAGCCUCGACGCGCAGCUUGCAGUUGAUAACAGUGGAAGUUGACCAUCACCGACGAGCUUUCGGCUAUCGGCUUGCUGUAACAAGUGACCAUCCCCUGU